AUGUCUCAAUUCACGACCGGCGACGUCGCCUUCCUCCUCGAAUGGCACCGUUUCAACGAGGGCAAACAAGCUAUGCUCGAACGCCUCAACCCAGCUCAGUACAUGAAAGGUGCCUGUGGACAUCCCGUCAUUGUCCUGGAGAAGACCGCAAGCCAUGCGCUUGUCACCACUGUCUCGGCCCAUGGGGCGGCACCGUGGAAUAAUUGGCAAGCCCCAUGGACCUCCGGCCGCCACUACGCCAGGGGGGCUGAUCAUUUCCGUUCCUUUGCCGGAACCCAGAGGCCGAACAGCCGAAGGGAGUUCCUUCGCCUUUCAAAGGGUGCUUGGCCCAAGCCAAAGAGUUCUUUCGUUCACGUGGAGAACGUCCUCCUUGUUCCUCUCUUUGCUUUGGGUGACUUCACGAAGCCCAAAUGCUGGGAAAGGGAUGGGACCAUUCUCCAUGUGUCCCCGACCAGUAUGCAUGAUCUGAUCAUGCAUAUCCAGGUGGCCAACCCCAAGUGGCUUGGCCGACUCGAGUUCCUCGCGGUCAAGAAGCCAAAAGCCAUCAUGACGAAGCAGCACCCUCCUGUUCCUCCUCCCCCUCUUCUUCCUUCGCCUCCUCCCCCUCCUCCAGCAGCGAUGCCGGCCCCCCCUCCUCAACCAGCCAGCGAGUCUGGCUGGACUGAGGUGGUGAAGAAGAAGAAGAAGAGGUAA